CUAAACAGGGACAGAAUGAUGCUGCUAAAAUUAGAACAGGAGAUUCUGGAAUUUAUUAAUGACAACAAUAACCAGUUCAAGAAGUUCCCUCAGAUGACCUCAUAUCACCGGAUGCUAUUACACCGGGUAGCUGCCUAUUUUGGGAUGGACCACAAUGUUGAUCAAACUGGAAAAGCUGUCGUCAUCAACAAAACCAGUAACACAAGAAUCCCUGAACAGAGGUUCUCAGAACAUAUAAAGGAUGAGAAAAAUACAGAAUUUCAACCGAGAUUCAUUCUCAAGAGAGAUGAUGCCAGUAUGGACCGACAUGAUAACCAGAUCAGAGUUCCAUUGCAGGAUGGAAGGAGGAGCAAGUCACUAAAAGAGAGAGAGGAGGAAUAUCAAAGGGUCCGAGAGAGAAUAUUUGCCCGAGAGACUGGCCAGAACGGAUAUCUAAAUGACAUCAGGGGGAACCGUGAGGGGCUAAGCCGCACCUCGAGCAGCCGCCAGAGCAGCACAGACAGCGAACUCAAAUCCCUGAAGCCACGGCCUUGGAGCAGCACGUACUCUGACAGCAUUGGGAACAGUAAAGCUGGCAGUGCAGGAAGGAUCUCCAGCCCUUCUGUGGGAUUUCUGCAGCCUCCUGGCUCUGAGCAGUACCAGGUGCCUCAGUCUCCCUCUCCCUGCAGCCCACCACAGAUGCCACAGCAGUUCUCAGGAGUGUCACCUUCUGGACCAGGUGUGGUGGUCAUGCAGCUGAAUGUCCCUAAUGGACCCCAGUCUCCCCAGAACCCAUCCAUGGUCCAGUGGAGUCACUGUAAAUACUAAAGCAUGGACCAGCGGGGGCAGAAACCUGGAGACCUGUACAACCCUGACAGUAGCCUGCAGGCCAACACACAAAUGAGAAGCAGCCCCGUCAUAUCUCCUACCCAGUCUCCAGCACCCUCUCCUGUCACCAGCCUCAGCAGUGUCUGCACAGGACUCAGUCCCCUUCCCGUCCUUACACAGUUCCCCUGGCCCGGGGGUCCAGCACAGGGUGAUGGGCGCUACUCCCUCUUGGGCCAGCCAUUACAGUACAAUCUGUCCAUCUGCCCUCCUUUGCUCCAUGGCCAGUCGACUUACACAGUGCACCAGGGACAGAAUGGAUUGAAGCAUGGAAACCGGAGUAAGAGACAAGCACUCAAAUCUGCCUCCACUGACCUGGAGAUGACAGAUGUCGUCCUGGGGCAGGUGCUGGAGGUGACAGAUCUUCCUGAGGGCAUCACUCAUACGGAGGCGGACAAACUCUUCACUCAGCUCACCAUGUCUGGCGCAAAGAUCCAGUGGCUCAAGGAUGCUCAGGGGCUGCCUGCUGGGGGCGGGGGGGACAGUAGUGGGACUGCUGAGAAUGGUCGCCAUGCAGACCUUGCUGCCUUGUACACCAUCGUGGCUGUGUUUCCCAGCCCCCUGGCUGCCCAAAAUGCCUCCCUUCGCCUCAACAACUCCGUGAGUCGCUUCAAACUUCGAGUGGCCAAAAAGAACUAUGACCUGAGGAUCCUGGAGCGAGCCAGCUCCCAGUAAAUAUGAGGGGAAGGGACUCGCACAGCAGGGGUGGGGGCAAGGUGGAUAACUCCCUGGCAGACCAUGGACAGAGGGAGAAAGGAAGGCAACAGACACUAAACUGGAGCCUAAGACAGUAGGGAUGAAGAUAGAAACAGAGACAGACACACUGGCGCUGGACUCCUUACUCCCUCCGUGGGCCCCCUCUUUCCCUGGUUGGCCUCCCUCUGCUACCCCCUCCUUUCCCAACCUCUUCCAUCAUUUUUUAUCUCUUCUCCCACCAUGAAAUGAAUUUCUUUCAUAUUUUUUGGUCAGGUAGAAUUGGGAGGGUUCUACACUCCCCUCUUCUCCUAAUUUCCUUACCAUCCCAAGCUCCCUUUUCAUUUUUGGUCUUUAUGAAUAUAUUUAUAUGGAAAGAAUUAAGAAAAAUGAAAUUGAUUUCCCUUUCUUCUCACUUUCCCCAUCUUGUCACCCCAAGCCCUACAAAGUUAAAACUGGGGCCUCCCCCUACCCCCCCAGAACACUU